AUGAUAUUCCGCGUAGGAUUAGGAUUAACUAGACCGAUCUCAAAACAAGUCGUAAGACCAACUUUUGCCAGGAAUGCCUUUAGGACUAUUGCAACCAUGAAGACUACUGAUGGUCAGGAGCAAGAUAUCUUGGUAGCCCAAAGGAAGAACAGACCCACAUCUCCCCAUUUGCAAAUUUAUCAGCCUCAAUUAACUUGGGUCUUGUCUGGUCUUCACAGAAUUACGGGGGUUGCCAUGGCUUUUCCUUUCUAUGCAUUAACUUGUACCUACGCAGCAACGUCUAUUUUGAACAUACCUUUUGAUUCAUCCACAUUGGUUGGUCUCUUUGCUUCUUUACCCUUUGUUGUUAAGCUUGGUGCGAAGGCUGUUAUGGCAUAUCCAUUUGCUUUUCACGUUACUAAUGGUGUAAGACAUUUGGUCUGGGAUUUGGGAAAGGAGUUGACCAUUAAAGGUGUAUACAGAACUGGUUACAUAGUAUUGGCAGCUACUACUCUCUUCGGAACUUACUUGGCUUUCUUCUAA